UACCCUGAUUAUAGUGAUCGCAUUGUCAGCCGUUAUAAGUGUUGCCCAAAAUAAUGACAAAAAGAAGGAUUCGAAGGGGAUAACGAUGCUACCCGACCGCUGGAGGGCUAUUACCCUUAGCAGGGGUAAUGCUCAAAUAAAAUUUCAAUCUAGUACCCUGAUUAUAGUGAUCGCAUUGUCAGCCGUUAUAAGUGUUGCCCAAAAUAAUGACAAAAAGAUUUCAGACCAAGACUUUAAAAAUGCUAAAAAAGUAACCAUCGCUAUAAUCGCCACCAUAGGCUCAAUAUGUAUAUUAUUUGAAUUACUGGGCCUUUUGGGCGCCUAUAAGGAGCACUACUGUCUAACUAUGACCUACGCUAUACUCAUGUUUAUGAUGACGUGGGGCAGUAUAGGUGGCGCUGUAAGGGUCGGUACCUUUUGGGUUACAUUUGGUGUUAAUGUAAUGAUUACGACACUGGCUUUCCUAUACGCCCGGGACCUCCACAGACGUCGACACCAGUCCACUGCAAUGUAUGUAACCGGACGACCAGCCUAUAGUAGUCUUACAGAACCCGUUAACACAUACCCGGCCCCGAGCUAUGGGGCCACACCGGCAUACAUAUAAAAAUAUCCUAUAAGUAUUUGGUGUGUAUUAUAUUGUUAUAAUUGUGAUUGCUAAUUUUACGAUUUAAUACAUAA